AUGAAGGAGCAUCAGGAAAGGGUAGACAAAAUACCUGGCGCCCCCAAACUACUACCAAAACACGAUGUGGGCCGAUUCGUCGAACAGCCAUACAGCGAUGGAGCUGCUCCUCACCCCAUUCCAAAAACCUUUAAGAUGCCGCCAUACUUGAAAAUAUACGGAACUACGGACCUAGAGGAUCAUCUAAUCCAUUAUGUCACUGCAGUAAAAGGCAAUGAUCUGUCGAAAGAACAAGUACCUUCUGUGUUGCUAAAAAAGUUUGGCGAGACUUUGACGGGAGGAGCAUUGACGUGGUAUUCCCAGCUACCAGCACUAUCAAUAUCGAUAUUUGAGGAAAUGGCAGAUAAAUUCUCCACCGCCCAUGCAGGAGCAAAGAAGGAUGAAGCAAGGGUCAAUGAUAUCUUCGCCAUCAGGCAUACGGCGGGUGAGGGACUUCGGGACUUCCUGGCCCGAUUCAACAGAGUAAGGAUGAGUCUGCCGAACGUAUCAGAAGGGAUGGCGGUAGCAGCCUUUCAAAAUGGGUUAAACAAGAACGGAUCCAAGGCAACCAAGAAACUGCUCAGCAGACUCAUGAAGUAUCCCCCCACCACGUGGGAGGAGAUUCACAACGCCUACUGUGCCGAGGUAAGGGCAAAUAAGGACGAUUUGAACGGCCCGAUUCAGCGAUUAACGUCAGUGCAGACCGAGGCAAGGAGAGAUCGACGUAACGAGGGGCGAAGGGAUCAACCCCCACGUUUCAAUCGAGAAAGGAAUCAACCCUAUGUCAGAACAGCUAACCCGCCUCCUCCAAGGCAUACGGAUGUCGUGCUACGACACACUGCACCCCUUCGAAGCGAAAGAGGUAUGCCUCCACUAUUAUCUGCUCAUAACUUUUGUGUUUCCCUUUCAGAGAUAGUGUACGCGUUGGAAAAGCUGGGCACAAAGGUGCAAUGGCCGCAAAAAAUGAAAUCGGACCCAAGCACCAGAAGGUCAAACGUCAUCUGCAAAUUCCAUCAGGAAAGAGGACACAAGACCGAGGACUACAUAGGUCUGCGGCAGGAAGUAGUUAGGAUGCUGAAGCAGGGGUACCUGAAAGAACUGCUCAGCGAUAAAUGA